AUGAGGUGUAUACCGGUGCUCCUGAUCAAAGGACUUAACUAUAUAUUUUAUCGAACCACCAAUGAUUUGAUCUUCUUGGGUGUGACUCGUCAGAACAUCGAUGUCAUGGAAACCAUCUGGUUCCUCAAGAGCUUCCAGCACACAUUGAGUCAAUAUGUGUAUGAGGGACGACAUCAUACCACGGAGGAGUCCAACAGUUGUAUUUCCAAGACAAUCGAAUUGGACCGUGAUGUCAUUAUGGAUAACUUCAAUUUGAUCUAUGAAUUGUUUGAUGAGUGCGUGGACUUUGGCAUACCGCAAAUGACCAACUACAAUGUGCUAAGAGAGUUCAUCAAAGUGGGUGCAAACCUUCCGCAAACACCAGAGAGUCAUUACUCUUCUGAGGACGACGAUGAUGACAAUGGCGAUGCUAAGAACGGCACGAAACAAAGAUCACUGACGAAACUGAGUCAUAAUCAAUCAAAACUUAAUCAGACAAAGAUGACUUCCUCCUCUAACAUGGCGAAGAAACUUGCACUCUUUGAGAUUUCAGCGUCCGUCAAUCCCUCGAUCUUGAGAGACGCAUCUCUGAAGUAUGGUUGGAGGCCCAAGGGAAUCUUCUAUGCUAAGAACGAAAUAUACGUGGAUAUCGUUGAAGAUUGCGAGUUCCACUACGACUUACAAACCCAACGGAUUAGAAAGAACGAUAUCUACGGAACAAUUGCAGUGAAAUGCUAUUUAUCCGGUAUGCCACUUUGCAAAAUUGGGUUUAAUGAGUCGAAUAUGUCCCGAGUACAUCAAGAUGAAGUAGCUGCAAUGUCACUCGAAGAAGAACCAGAAGGUAACCAACUCAAAUCUUCAAAUUUUCCUGAAGAAGAAGAAGAAGAAACAGCCAUUAAAAGAUCUCGGAUUCCAUUGGGUAAUAUUAAUUUCCACCAAUGUGUUCAAUUGGAAGAGGUUAUAAGUGAUAAUCUUAUACGAUUUUUACCUCCAGACGACAGAUUUAUCUUGCUCACAUAUCAUGUUGAACAACAGAAACAGAUCCAUAAAUUACCAAUUGUAUUGAUUGAGCCCAAGUAUAUUGUUCAUCGCAAUCAAAAGACAUUGGUAAUUCAAUGUACUUUGACUUCUAAUUAUUGGAAGAGAUUAAAGAGUCUGAAAAUGUUGGUGAAAAUUCCUAUUAAUCCCCAUUUGUUUGAUCUUAAAUUUGAACAAGAUGAUGAUUUGAAAUUUAAAGCCGAAAUGGGUGACGUCAAGUACAAUCUUGAUUCUUCUGAACUCUUCUGGACUAUCCAUGGACUUUCAGGUAAACAUAGUGUUAGAAUGAUGGCAGAGUUUUCAUUACAAGGAGAUUGUAAGCAAAGCAUUACCCAAGAGAAGUUAAUAUCGAUUUGCAAUAAUCGAUUUGAUGCUGCUGACGAUGAUCAUCAUAACCUUCACCCAGAAGACGAAAUUGACGAAUCUCAGCGAGAAUUGGACGAGUUCUAUGGGGUCAACGGGGCCCAAGUUUCUCUGUUGAAGGAAAUCAAACGUAAUCUUAAAAGAAGACGGCAUGAAUUCAAUAAUAUUUCUAUUGGAUUUGAAAUACCAUUGAUGACCUACUCGGGCUUAAAACUCACGUAUCUACGAGUGGAUGAAGAUCAAAUGAAAUAUACAUGUUUCCCGUGGGUCAAAUAUACUACGAUCUCCGGGUUUAAGACAACCGGGGGCAACGCCAAUAUUGAAUCUAAUUGUAAUUAUCGAUUCAAACUUGGAAUUAGAUGCUUUCAAUUGACAGAUUAA